AUGCUGGGAGGCACAAGUGGGAGUCAGGGCGUUGGUGGUCAGAGUGGCGUGGCAGUUGGAGAGAGGAGCGCAGAGAGGGGGAGAGUGAGGGUGGCGGGGAGUUCUAGAGAGGAGGAGGGGGAGGAGGAGGAGGAGGAGGAGGAGGAGGAGGAGGAGGAGGAGGAGGAGGAGGAGGAGGAGGAGGAGGAGGAGGAGGAGGAGGAGGAGGAGGGGGAAGAAAUGGGGCGAGGAGUGAAACGCGAGGAACAGUCAGUGGAAGGGGCAGAGGGGGAGGAGGAGGGAGAGGAGGAGGACGAGGAGGGAGAGGAGGAGGGAAGGAAACUAGAACUUGAAUCAGAGGGGGAGGAAUGUUUUCAGAAAGAGGAGGAAGAGGAGAAGGAGGAGGAGGACGAGGAGGAGAGGGUGGAGAGGGAGAAGGAGGAGGAUGAGGAGAAAGAGGAGGGAGAAAAUGAGGAGAUGGAGGAGGAGGAGGAGGAGGAGGAGGAGGAGGUUAUAGUGGUCACUGCAGCACUGGCCACGAGGGACGUGCUGCUGGUCUUCCAGCAGGAAGCUGCUCGUUUGAGAGCAGUGCGAGGGGAGGAGGUGAGGGAGGACGCGAAGAAGACGGGGGUUACGUCACUGACGUCUAGAAUGUGGAGUAUAUUGAGUGUAAAAGCUUGA